CAGCGACCAGUCCGGAAUCCGAUCCCCUCCUGUUUGUCAGCGUCGCCGCCUCAUCGACUGACCUCAACGAACGAGACAUAGCCUCUCGCCGCCAUGUUUGGGGACGUCAUGCUUUUCCUGGCAUCCUUCGCCACCCUCCACGCGGCAUAUUCCACGUAUGAACACUUGUCCUACCUGAAAGCCCUAGGACGACCCGAAGGGUCCUUGCCGCAAGAUAUUGUGUUCGAAGCACUAGCUGCGCUCAUACUCGGCAUCGUCGGGUCUGCAAUACGGACACCAGAACUGAGGGAGGUGACAUGGCGGAGUGAGAUGAAGCACCGAUCGGCGGAAGAGCAAGACCCGAGGCUCUCCUUCACCACCUUCGCACAACGCGCCGGCAUUUUGCAAACCCCAUCGGCUUCUUGACGUUGCUAUCAGCACAUCUGCUCUUGCUUAUUUAUUGAAUCAAUCGUUGUAGUUCUUGUCGAGAUUCAGGUCGUACACAAGGAACAGACA